UUAAGAAUUCAGCAGCUACAGAACCAAAUCCGGCUGGAAAAAGAAGCAGACCAGUGGUGUCAUCAGAAGCAAACUGGUUUCCUUCAGAAUCUUCCCUUGUCCCCAACUUUUCUCCCUCCAUUUUCAUUCCAAGAACUUGAGUCCAGCCAUUCUCCUUCUCCUGUGCAAAUGAGUAUUUUGAAUUCUCAUUCUGCUCCUACCAUGCAGACAUCCAGUUCUUUCAACUAUGCCCGUCCUAAACAAUUUAUUGCUGCACAAAAUAUUAGCCCUGCUUCAAGUUAUGUAACGCCGUCACCUGGCUCUUCCACAUCUAGUCUCCCAUCCCCAAUGUCUCCAACUGCUUCUGAGAAGCAGUUUGGUAAAACAUCUGUCCCCUCUUUCUCUCAGACUUUUGCUCCUGAGGAAGAGUAUCCGUGGUCUCCUUCCCCACCUCCUCCCCCUCCCCCUCCCCCUGUUUUUAGUCCUACAUCUACUUUUUUAGUGGCAGAUUCCUUUCCACUGCCACCACCUCCACCUCCUCUCCCAGCUUCUGUCCCCUCGCCUUCCCGCAGUUUUUCUCCAACACCCAGAUUAUCCAGCUCUAGUCAGUCUCCAGCAGCCUUCCUCAGCUCCAUGCUACCAUCUCAGCCACCUCCAAUGUCAGUUAAUGCACUAGGACUUCCCAAAAGUGUUACACCGUCGGGAUUUCCAAAAAAAUCAGGCAGAACUGCCAGGAUUGCAUCUGAUGAAGAAAUUCAGGGCACAAAAGAUGCUGUUAUCCAGGACCUGGAAAGAAAACUUCGCUUCAAGGAAGAUCUCUUGAACAAUGGCCAACCAAAGUUAACAUAUGAGGAAAAGAUGGCUCGUCGAUUGCUGGGAGCUGACAAUGCUGCAACAGUCUGCAGUAUUCAAGAACCAGAAGAGGAACUUGCAGAACAGGAAUACAAAGUCUCCAGUUUUGAGCAGAGACUGAUCAGUGAAAUUGAAUUUAGAUUGGAGAGAACUCCAGUAGAAGAGUCUGAUGAUGAAGUGGAGCAUGGGAAAGAUAUUCUUGAUGGCAGCCUGGCCCCAUAUUUUGUGACAAAACUUAAACACUACAAAAUAUUUGAAGGAAUGCCAGUCACUUUUGUAUGCAGAGUUUCUGGAAAUCCAAACCCAAAGAUCUAUUGGUUCAAAGAUGGAAAGAAAAUAUCUAAAAGGAAUGAGCACUACCAGAUGCAAAGAGAACCUGAUGGGACCUGCUCUCUCCAUACCACUGCCUCCACCCUCGAUGAUGAUGGGAAUUAUACUAUCAUGGCUGCCAAUCCACAGGGGAGAAUAAGCUGUACAGGACGAUUGAUGGUCCAAGCUGUCAAUCAAAGAGGACGCAGCCCCCGGACACCUCCUAGCCAGCCUCAUGUCAGAAGACCACGGUCUCGAUCAAGGGAUAGCGGAGAUGAAAAUGAACCAAUCCAGGAACGCUUCUUCCGACCACAUUUCCUGCAGGCUCCAGGAGAUCUGAUAGUUCAAGAAGGAAAACUUUGUAGAAUGGAUUGCAAGGUCAGUGGCUUGCCAACUCCUGACAUCAACUGGCAACUUAAUGGAAGAGUAAUACGUUCUGAUAAUUCCCACAAAAUGCUUGUACGGGAAAAUGGUAUACACUCCUUAAUCAUAGAGCCAGUCACAGCAAGGGAUGCUGGCAUUUAUAUAUGUAUUGCCACUAAUCGAGCUGGCCAGAACACCUUCAGCCUGGAACUGAUUGUGACAGCUAAGGAAGCACACAAGCCACCUGUAUUUAUAGAAAAACUGCAGAAUACAGGAGUGGCUGAGAGGUUUCCUGUGCGAUUGGAAUGCCGGGUUUCAGGUAUGCCUCCACCUCAGAUUUUCUGGAAGAAGGAAAAUGAGUCACUCAUAUACAACACUGACAGAGUGAGCAUGCAUCAAGAUAAUCAUGGAUACAUCUGCCUGCUUAUUCAGGGAGCUACAAAAGAAGAUGCUGGUUGGUACACUGUAUCAGCAAAGAAUGAAGCUGGGAUUGUUUCCUGCACAGCAAGGCUGGAUGUCUAUACUCAGUGGCAACAACAGUCCCAAACCACUAAGCCAAAGAAAGUGCGUCCCUCAGCCAGUCGGUAUGCAGCACUUUCUGACCAAGGACUAGACAUCAAAGCUGCAUUUCAGCCAGAGGCAAACCCAGGACAUCUGACAUUGCAAUCUGGCUUGGUAGAAAGUGAUGAUCUUUAAGUAUUAGCUACAGAUACACCAUUUCUGUUCAAAUUGAAAAUACUGAAUGCCAUUGUAUUGAUCAAUGAUAAUCUACGUCACUGUGCGCAAGACAGACACUUCUGUGUGCAAAAGAACCCAGCCACAUCUUUCUUGUUUAGUAUAACAAAUUAAGAGUUUGUAGAGAGAAAUGCAAUCUGCAUAUACAAAUCACCUUCACUAUAACCAUUUCUUAUUACAUUGUGGGUAACACUGUUUUGAAUCGUCCUAUUCACAAGUGUUAAAGUGAGUGAAAAUUUGCAAAAAUAAAUAUGCUGCACACUUAUUGCUGAGUGCCUUUGCAGUUUGUAGGUGCUAUUAAUGUGUAAUGAAUAGAAAUGCACUGAAAAAAGUAUUAACAGUGCAUUAUAAUGAUAGUUCAGAUGUGCAAUACUGAAUGAGUAAAGCAAGAUAGAAAAAGGAAGAUAAAUUAGUGACAUUUUUGUGUCUAUAAUUGACUUUCUAUUCUCAAAGGAAAUAGGAUAUGUUAGUUUUGCCUUAAUUGUAUUAGGGUAGGUAAGGUAACCUUGUAUCAGAAGGCUUUUGACUUUUGCCAGUGGAUGUGAUGCUUAGAUUCAUGUUACUUUUAUAACAGUGAGAAAAGAUAAAAGGCAAAAGUCAGACCUUCCUCAAAAAAUGAUAUGUGAGCAAAACCUCAGUGCUUUUUAAAACAAUAUCAGAGAUUUGAUUGAGUAGAAUCUAUGUGAUACAAAGGAAAAUAAUUAGGAGUGUAGAGUAAGUGAAAAUGGGUUGAGUUUGCAAUAAGAGUUUAAAUAAUUUGCAUACCAUAGAGAAUAGAUAAAUAAAUGUUGGGGAAUACAAGAAAAUGUUGUUACAGUUUAAGCACUGCUUGCAUGUACACUAGAGGUUUAUUUUUGUGUUGUUGGUUCUUGAACAGGAACCCUGUCUAUGGCUGAGCCUUUGUGAAGGACUGAAAAUAGUUAACCAGCCAGAAACCAAGAUAUUUUUUCCAGUUAAUGGAUUUCACUUAGAUUAUAUUAAGCAAUUUUGAUUCAAAAUGAGCUCAACUUCCACUCAGAAGGUGUGGAAGGCUAUUUCAGUUAGAUUUGCUGAAAAUAAUGUAGUCCAAUGGUACAGCAGUACUCUGCUACAAAAGGAAAACACUGUAUUUCUUAUAUGAAGCACGUUUAUAGUACUUUAUAAUUAAAAAUCUGAAUCUUUUUCUCAACUCAAUUACUCAAAUACAUACUUUUUUGUAAAGAUAGAAAAAAAGUUUUGUAAUAUGCCAUGCCAUUUAUUUUGCAUUAAUUGCUAUUCCUGUAUUGCUUUUUCCUUCGUUAUUAAGUACACUAUUCAGAAUUUUAGUGGCUAAUAAAAACUUCUAUCACAAAAAGAUAAUUACUUUUCUAUGGAAGCUUGUGCAGAUGGUAAUAAUUCAGCAAUAGGAAUUUGACUUAUUUGUGUUGUCAUAUAUAACUGUCCUAAUGCUCUGGAUCUAAGCAAUUGAAUCCUUGCCCAAUUGUCAAUGUGACUUGUUUAGCUUAAUUGCUAUUUUUUAGCUUAACUAGUAGUAAUUUGCUUCUUUUUAUUUGUAUUUAUAAAUCUAUACAAGCAUACUAUUUUGGAUUGUGAGCUAGUAUCAUAAGGGUUUGACAUCAAUAAAUAUUACAGAAAUUUAAGAAAAAAUGUAUUUUCUUGGUUAAAAUGCUAAUAAUUCUUAAUGAGACCUCAAAUAAUAAAACAGCCUACUAGGAGGGU